GUGGCUACUCGGGGAGCUCUUCCCGGUUGUUGUGCCAGCCAGGCUCCUCGGCUCUGGGCUCCUCCAUUCACUGGAGAUACCUGUGGCAAAAAUAAAUAAAUCAAGCGAUACCUGUAACUUACUAAACAAAGAGCCCGGCGGUUUGCCUUUUUUGUGUACUAUUUAAAGAGGAAGACAGUUGAAUCAGCCGCUGACUGCUGCCCGCGAUGGAUACGUAUGGUAACUCGCACAAGAAACAGAAGCUGAGCAACGCUGCUGAGAACUGGGGAAUGCAGCGUGCAACUAAUGUCACCUAUCAAGCUCAUCAUGUCAGUCGAAACAAGCGUGGGCAGGUUGUGGGCACAAGAGGAGGGUUCAGAGGAUGCACCGUUUGGCUGAGUGGUUUGUCCGGUGCGGGGAAGACCACAGUGAGCAUGGCUCUGGAGGAGUACCUGGUGUGUCACGGUAUCCCCUGCUACACACUGGAUGGGGACAACAUCCGUCAGGGGCUGAACAAAAACCUGGGCUUCAGCCCAGAGGACCGUGAAGAGAACAUUAGACGCAUUGCUGAGGUGGCCAGGCUUUUUGCUGAUGCUGGUCUGGUCUGUAUCGCCAGCUUCAUCUCUCCCUACAGCAGGGAUCGCCUUAAUGCCAGGAAGAUCCAUGAGGCUGCAGGGCUGCCUUUUUUUGAGGUGUUUGUGGAUGCUCCCCUGGAUGUCUGUGAGCAGAGAGAUGUGAAGGGGCUGUACAAGAGAGCCCGAGCCGGGGAGAUAAGAGGUUUUACUGGAAUUGACUCUGAGUACGAGAAGCCAGAGGCUCCAGAGCUGGUGCUGAAGACCGACUCCUGCAGUGUGAAUGAGUGCAUACAGCAGCUUAUUGACCUGCUUCAGGAGAGGGAUAUAGUUCCUGUCGAUGCAUCUUAUGAAGUGAAAGAGCUGUACGUUCAGGAGAAUAAACUGGACCUGGCUAAGGCUGAUGCAGAGACUCUGCCUGCUGUACAGAUUGGGAAGGUGGACAUGCAGUGGGUGCAGGUGCUGGCUGAAGGCUGGGCCACUCCUCUGAAUGGCUUUAUGAGAGAGAGAGAGUAUUUGCAGUGUCUUCAUUUUGACUGUCUGCUGGAUGGUGGUGUCAUCAACCUGUCAGUGCCUGUGGUGCUGCCGGUGUCUACUGCAGAUAAAGAGCGUUUAGAUGGCGUGACAGCUAUAGCCUUGGUCUACGGGGGCAGGCGAGUGGCCAUCCUUCGCAACCCUGAGUUUUAUGAACACCGCAAAGAAGAGCGAUGUGCUCGCCAGUGGGGCACCACCUGCAAGGACCACCCCUACAUCAAGAUGGUGAUGGAAAGUGGGGACUGGCUGGUUGGGGGAGACCUGCAGGUUCUGGACAGGAUCUGCUGGAAUGACGGACUCGAUCAGUACCGGCUGACGCCCACGGAGCUCAAACAGAAGUUUAAAGAAAUGAAUGCAGAUGCUGUAUUUGCCUUCCAGCUCCGCAACCCAGUCCACAACGGCCAUGCCCUUCUGAUGCAGGACACCCACAAGCGUCUCAUCGAGCGAGGCUACCGCCGGCCUGUUCUGCUGCUUCACCCACUGGGAGGCUGGACCAAGGACGAUGAUGUGCCGCUGCCCUGGCGAAUGAAGCAGCACGCCGCUGUGCUGGAGGAGGGCGUCCUGAAUCCAGACUAUACCAUCGUAGCUAUAUUUCCUUCACCCAUGAUGUAUGCAGGGCCAACUGAGGUUCAGUGGCAUUGCAGAGCUCGAAUGGUUGCUGGAGCCAACUUCUACAUCGUAGGCCGUGACCCUGCAGGCAUGCCCCACCCUGACACAGGAAAGGACCUGUAUGAGCCCACUCAUGGGGCCAAGGUCCUCACCAUGGCUCCGGGCCUCAUCACCCUGGAGAUUGUACCCUUUAAGGUCGCUGCUUACAACAAGGUCAAAAGAGCAAUGGACUUUUAUGACUCCAAAAACCAUGAAGAUUACGAUUUUAUCUCAGGCACACGUAUGCGCAAGAUGGCUCGUGAGGGAGAGAAUCCUCCUGACGGCUUCAUGGCGCCGAAGGCUUGGGCUGUGCUGAAAGAAUACUAUAAGUCACUGGAGAAGGCCUAAAGGUCACAUCUUAGAGGAAAAAACAUGAAAACACAUUGUUUUUUUUUACUGAUGUUUAAAACGCCGAAUGCGGGGACCACUCAUCUGCUAUCAGAAACCACGCACAGCUGUCAGUCAUGAAACUGGUCUCAGUCUCAUAUUUGUGUUUUAACCGUAUGAACUUUAUUAACUAAACUUACAAACAAAAGAAUUUCUUUGAAAGUAGAUGCUUGUGUUUCUCACUAACAUUUAUAACUGUAUAUUCUGAUGGCUGGUUACAGAAAAGACUGUGUGAAAAUAUAAGAUCAAGACUUGUAAUGACCUGUGUAGAAAGUACUGUUGACCAGUACUUAUACAGGAACGAAUGAAUGUUGAGUAUUUGUGAUGUCUCAUUUUAAAACAUUUUAGCUCCUGCUAAAGUUCACUUAACUCACCACUGAAACCCAGUUGCUUUAUACUGUAUGUUUGCAAGUGGCCGUGGUAAUUGCUCAGAAUUUGGUGUACACAAGUAUUUGAUGUAAAAGUCGAGUGCCUUGGUCUUCAGAAAAUGAACUCACAUUAUGUCUUGUUUGAAUUAGGACACAGACAACACUCACACGCCUGCUUCUUGUCCCACUUGUCUUGAUGUUACUCUGAAACAGUCCAGUAGUUCAAGAAAUGGUUUGCAAAACAGAUCAGUAUAAAAUGUUUUUUUUUAAAAUUGGAAUAUGCAACCCUAACCUUCCUAAACUCCUAGGAAAAACUUUUUAAAACUUUUUUGUCAUAUUAUUUAGUAUAUUUAUUCUGUCCUAACAUUGCAGUGUUUUCUGUUUUUGACAGUGUUGUGCAUGUAGUUUUGGUACUUAACAGUCUUGAUAUUUUGUUACAUUUUCUUCAUUUGUUCUCAUGGGUUGCUAAUAUUUUCCAUGUGGUAAUUCAUUUUUAAGAGUUGGCCUGUAUUAACAUAUGGUUGAUGGUUACCAUCAAGGGAUCAGAUUUGUAAUCUUCCUUGUCCAAUAAACCAUUUUUAGCUAAAAGAACAA